UCUUAGUUCUUUUUGAGCAAGUACUCUGUAUUAAAAAAGUGACACAAUAUCUGAGGCCCGCAUAAAGGUUAGGGAAUAUAAAAAUAUUAAGGAAAUCAAGCAAGCAGCCAAGCAUCGCACUAUCGUAAAUUCUUCGACAGUGAUUUUUGAUAUUCAAGAAUUCGAGAGAGAAAAACAUGGCGAAGCAACAAGAUAACAAUGCAAAUUCAGUGGCAUCAGAUCUCAUCAAUUUUUUGAAUGCUUCUCCAACUGCUUUUCAUGCCGUUGAUGAAUCCAAGAGACAAUUGAAGGAAGCUGGGUUUGAGCAGCUUUCUGAGCGAGAAGAUUGGAGUUUACAAGCUGGGAAAAAGUAUUUCUUCACUAGAAAUUACUCCACCAUUGUUGCUUUUGCCAUUGGUAAAAAAUAUGUUGCUGGGAAUGGAUUUCAUAUAGUCGGUGCUCAUACGGAUAGCCCUUGUUUGAAAUUGAAGCCAACAUCGAAGGUAACUAAAGGGGGAUAUCUAGAGGUUGGUGUCCAAACGUAUGGUGGUGGCUUGUGGCACACAUGGUUUGAUCGCGAUUUGGCAGUUGCCGGACGUGUGAUCAUCAAAAAAGUGAAAGAUGGUUCUCAUUCAUACUCUCACCGGCUUGUCAGGAUUCAUAAUCCUAUAAUGCGGAUUCCUACAUUGGCAAUUCACUUAGACAGGGGUAGCGAUGGUUUUAAACCAAAUACACAAAGUCAUCUUGCUCCUAUCUUGGCGACAUCAAUUAAGGAUGAACUCAAUAGAAGUGUUAAUGAAAAUGAUUCAGCUGAUAAUGGAGCUCAGACUGAGGCAAAAAAAUCAACUGAGAACCAGAAACAUCAUUCCCUCUUGCUUAAGCUGCUAGCGAAGGAAAUUGGAUGUGAACCUGAUGAUAUAUGUGAUUUUGAGCUGCAAGCAUGCGAUACUCAGCCAAGUCUGAUAGCUGGUGCACUAAAGGAGUUUGUUUUCUCAGGAAGGCUUGAUAAUCUUUGCAUGUCAUUUUGUUCCUUGAAGGCGUUGAUAGAUGCUACAUCCCCUGAGGGUAGUCUUGAUGAUGAAGUUGGUGUUAGAAUGGUGGCACUUUAUGAUCAUGAAGAAGUUGGAUCUAAUUCAGCUCAAGGAGCUGGAUCUCCUGUCACAUUGGACACCAUUUCCAGAGUUACUAAUGCCUUCUGCUCCGAUGUUAAGAUGAUGCUAGAAAAAAUUGUGCAGAAAAGUUUUCUCGUAUCAGCUGACAUGGCUCAUGCGCUACACCCUAACUACAUGGACAAACAUGAAGAGAAUCAUCAACCAAAGAUGCAUGGGGGAUUAGUUAUUAAACACAAUGCAAAUCAGCGUUAUGCCACUAAUGCUAUAACCUCCUUUAUAUUCAAGGAGAUAGGGCAGAUACACCAACUUCCUAUUCAGGAAUUUGUGGUGCGAAAUGACAUGCCUUGUGGUUCCACAAUUGGUCCUAUCCUGGCUAGUGGCGUGGGAAUUCGCACAGUAGAUAUUGGUGCUCCGCAGCUAUCAAUGCAUAGCAUAAGGGAAAUGUGUGCAGUUGAUGACGUAUUGCAUUCAUAUAUGCAUUUAAAAGCCUUCUUUAUGGAGUUUUCCAAGCUUGAUACAAAGCUAAUCGUCGACGCUGAAGUCUAAAGCCCAUCGGAAAUUGCAAUACUAAAGCCCUUGAACAUGUUCUGACCACAUGAGGAUACGGAGCACACAUCGCACACAGGCGCUGCCCCAUCACCAUUAUGUGCUACUAAGUAUUAGGAUUUACAGGAGCAUAUUAGUGUUCCCUUUCCCUCUCGUCGAGAACACGUAUAGUUGAUGUUGCAAAACUAUCAGACAUUAUGUGCUUUUCUUGGUCUAUGUUGCUCUAAAUUAAAAUGAAUAUAUACCUCUGUAGGGUUGGUGGUCUUGGUACAAUUGAAAGCUGAAAGCAUUAGAUUAUUAUACCAAUUGCAUUCUCUUCAA